AUGGAUGCGUUGGUUGGCCGAGGCGGGGCCCAGUCCCACCUAUCUGGGCCCCAUGAGACUGUGUGUCCUCAGGCAGUAACACAGGCAUCCCUGUCUGUACUGUACCAGGACUGUUCCUUUAUUAAAGUCUCCACCACGGCCUUCUCUGACCCAGGCAGCACACACAGAGUACAGCAGGCCUGGGGCCCAGACAUCAAAUCUACGAGGCAGGCUCCAGCCAACCAGCCCCAGGCUCCAGUUCCCCAGUCUCCAGCCCCACAGCCCCCAGCCCCCAGCCCCCAGCCCCCCAGCCCCAGCAGCCAUUUUAGGGCGCCAGUGAACAGUUCCCUGGCUGCAUCCAGGGUUGGAGAGACUGGGGAAACUGGAGGUCCCUUGGAAGGUAUUAGGGUUCCGCUGGGGAGGCACGUACGCAGCUACAACCACCUGCAGGGAGAUGUGCGGCGGAGGAAGCUCUUCUCCUUCCAGAAGUUCUUCCUGCGGAUCGAUACAAAUGGCAGAGUUAAUGGGACCAAGAGCAGAGAGGACCCCCUCAGUAUUCUGGAGAUCACGUCGGUGGAUGUGGGGGUGGUGGCUAUCAAAGGACUGGGCAGUAACUAUUACCUGGCUAUCAGCAGGAAGGGUGUGCUGUACGGAGCGAGAGAGUUUGGCAUUGACUGCACACUGAAGGAGCGUAUUGAGGAGAAUGGCUAUAACACCUACGCCUCAGCCGAGUGGAGGAACAAGAAGAGACAGAUGUUUGUGGGGCUGAGUGUCCACGGGAGGCCACUGAGAGGGAAGAAAACAAGGAGGAGGAAAAUGGCCACCCACUUCCUCCCCAUCAUGGUGUGAUGAAGAAGAGCAUUUCACUGUACUAAACAUACCCUGUGGGAGAGCUAUUCAGCACUGAACAAUCUUUCAGAUAAAGAUUUUUUUAAAUGUACUCUAAUCUAGACAGAGAGCAUCUGAACUAUACCAUUUCUAAAAGACAUAUUUUCUCUAAGGAAGGUAAUUAACUGUGCAUAUACUCCCUGCUUUUGACUUUCGUUGAGAUGGUUUAUUGGUUUGAGGAUGUGCAGUGCUUUCUGUGGCACAGGGUGAAAUUUGAAUCAUAUUCUGUGCCAAAACAUUGGAAAGAUGUGGACUGAAGGAGGGCGUGACAUGUGGGAACAAAGUAGGACGCUGUUUCACGCACCGCGUGGAUGAAGUGAGGAAGCACUGGCUCUGUGUAUACAAAAAAAACAAUUGAACUGUUGUUCAUGGUCCUCAUUCUCAUUUCAAUGAUCUGAACAUUCUUAAACGAAGAAGAAGGCCUAACAGAUCGGUAAAUGCAGGAAAAAUGUAUAUAAUUGAGCAAGAUCCUCGUGGUCAUGAGAUCUUGGAACCACAUCAAAAGUGAAUACAGUGAAAGGAAACACUAAUGUAUGAUAUUUAACCACUGAGUUUUGACUGUGUUGAAGUAAAUUAUUUAUUUUGUGUAAUAUUUAACUGAAGGUGGAACGAAGGUGAACAUUUCAUUGCAUUCUUUACACCUUAUGUCUGUGAAGUAAAUAACAUACAUUUGCUAUUUCCUCCUCGGUAUCCAAAUGUUCUCAUGUUCAUCAAUAAAGUUUGCAACUUAAACUGGUUGACAAAUCUGACAAAUACACAUAUGAUUGAGAAUGUGACCCAAUAAAUGAGAUCCUGUUAAUACAAUAACA